AUGGCGUCACCAAACACUCAGACGGCCAAUGCCAUCGCUGCCAUCACCAACAGGUCCAACUUGGUCAUACCUACCAUUGACUUUACGCAGCAUCAACUUGAGAACGGUGAUGUGGUUAGUACGACCGAACGGGUGGUCAAGGAUGUUCAAGCUCCUGCUAUGUAUCUCCCCUCUCCAGAGCAGUUCUGGGAUAAGACGGACCCAACGAAACCUAACAUCGCCUUUUUGAAGAACCAUUUCUAUCGCGAGGGAAGGUUAACAGAAGAUCAAGCCUUGUACAUCUUAGAAAAGGGAGGUGAGAUACUGAGGAAUGAGCCUAAUUUAUUGGACGUCGAUGCGCCCAUCACCGUUUGCGGUGAUAUCCACGGACAAUAUUACGAUCUAAUGAAGUUGUUUGAAGUUGGUGGUAAUCCUGCAGAAACAAGAUAUCUCUUUUUGGGCGAUUAUGUUGACCGGGGUUACUUCUCUAUCGAGUGUGUACUGUAUCUGUGGUCACUGAAGAUGUGGUACCCCAAUACCCUGUUUCUGCUGCGAGGAAAUCACGAGUGCCGGCAUUUGACAGACUACUUCACCUUCAAGCUGGAAUGUCGACACAAGUAUUCUGAGACCAUCUAUAACGCUUGCAUGGAGACCUUCUGCAACCUUCCACUCGCGGCGGUCAUGAACAAACAGUUUUUGUGUAUCCAUGGUGGUCUCUCACCAGAACUGCAUACUCUUGAUGAUAUCCGAAACAUAAAUCGUUUCCGCGAGCCACCCACAAGUGGACUCAUGUGCGACAUUCUAUGGUCUGACCCCCUUGAGAGCUUCGGCAGUGAAAAGACGACGGAGAAUUUCCUUCACAACCACGUCCGAGGAUGUAGUUAUUUCUUCACAUAUCAAUCAGCAUGCCAGUUCUUAGAACGCAAUAACCUGCUAUCCGUAAUCCGCGCACACGAGGCUCAAGAUGCAGGAUAUCGAAUGUAUCGUAAGACUAAGACGACCGGAUUCCCAAGUGUAAUGACCAUCUUCUCUGCCCCUAAUUACCUCGAUGUGUACUCUAACAAGGCCGCCGUACUCAAGUACGAGUCCAACGUCAUGAACAUCCGACAAUUCAAUUGUACCCCUCAUCCGUACUGGCUGCCAAACUUCAUGGACGUAUUCACUUGGUCACUCCCGUUCGUGGGAGAAAAGAUCACAGAUAUGCUGAUAGCUAUUCUGAACUGCUGUACCCAAGAGGAGUUGCAAGAGGAGGAAGAGACGCCAGAAGAGGAGGAAUUGGCCACGCCAGAAUCACCUACAGGAGAGGAGACUCCUUUGGAACGCAGACAAGUGAUCAAGAACAAGAUUAUGGCAGUGGGACGUAUGUCACGGGUCUUCUCACUACUUCGAGAAGAAUCCGAGCGGGUAUCCGAGCUCAAGAGUAUUUCUCUUACUGGUGCACUCCCAGCUGGCAUGCUUGCGUCUGGAGCGGAAGGCAUCAAAGAAGCCAUUCAAGGCUUUGAUGAUGCACGCAAGAGCGAUAUUGAAAAUGAACAUGUUCCUCCUGAACUUGUCGACCCUGACUCAGAAGGAUUAGCAGCCUUAGCCAACCUCUCUUAUCCCCAAACUCCAGAAGAAGAAGCUUCUCCUCAACUCGACGGAUCAUCAUCCAUGACUAGUUCCCCCGGCACUCCCACGUCUAACGGCGCAGCUUGGCGUCGUGGUCAUGCACGUCAGACUUCUCUCGGUACGACAAAGACGUCUCCAUCGACAAGAAGACGUUCGAUAGAGAACACGAUGCAUCUCAUCCGGGAUGUGGUGGAUGGAAAGGAUGCCAGUGGGGAUCAAGAGUUGGAGAAGAUUGCAGAAGUUUUGGCUAGUCCUUCUAGACCGAAAGGAACUCCUCCUGUUUAA